AAAAAUUAGUUCAUUUGUUGUCGCGAAUUUUAGUAAUAAAAUUAAUCUUGAAACAUUGUUGUCUUAUAAACAAAUUAUAACUGUUGAAUAUUUUUGUUAAGAAAUAACACUCAUCUCAAUCCAAGAGAUAUAAAAAUUACCUGGCUGCAACAUCAAUUUAAAGCUUUUCAAAAGACAACAAAAUUUUGCGCGCCAAGAAGGCAUUGUAGAAAGCUUGAAGCGGGAAGCAAUGGCUCAUAUUCAGGAAUAUCAGGAUUUGGUGCUGGACGCAGUAGAAGUGGUGGAAUUUAAACUAAUUCGUUCCAAGUCAGACUUGGAAAAAGAGGAGUUGGCCUUCCAUCCGUUGAUGGCCCAUCAGAUAUUUGGUGAGUCGGAAAGUAUUUUUGGCUAUCAGGGUCUUAAAGUUAGCAUAUUGUAUACGGCCGGACCGUUGCACAUAUAUUUGGGUGUGAAUUAUGAUCGAAAAGUCGAUGAAUUGUCUAAGGGCGAAAUUAAGGCUGAUGAUGUUGUGGCUACCAUUGCCGAAAAGCUGCCGGAUGGUUGUUAUUUCGUCAAUAUGGAUGAGUUUCUUAAGACUUUGGAUAAAGCCGAUAAAUUCCAGCCAUUUGGAGAAAAGCUGGCUGAAAGCAAACACACCGACGACGAGGGCAAUGAAAGACAUUUUGAAAUUUAUCACUGCAACUACAAAUAUCCCUCCUUUUUAAAGUUCUUUUCUCGUUUGCAAACCUUUGUUCUGUGGUUUGUCGAUGCCGCCUCCUACAUAGAUGUGGAUGAUCCCCAAUGGUCAUACUUUAUAUGCUAUGAGAAGUACAAAAAUGAAAAUGGUGAAGAGCUCUUUGCUACUGUAGGUUAUACCACCAUCUAUGAGUAUUAUGCCUAUCCCCAACAUAUACGUCCACGCAUAAGUCAAAUGUUGAUAUUGCCACCUUUUCAAAAGCUGGGAAUUGGCACGAAAAUGGUGGAGAAUAUCUAUAAGUUCUAUCAUUCACAAAAGAAUGUAAUCGAUAUUACGGUAGAAGACCCCUCCGAUGACUUUCAGCGAAUGCGAAAUUUUGUUGAUUCCCGGCUUUGCAUGAAGCUUAAGUCUUUCCAAAGGGAUGAAAUUAAAAAGGGUUUCAAUAAGGAAAUGAUAAAAGAGGCCAGGGAAACCUACAAGCUUAAUCCAAGACAAUGUCGUAAGGUUUACGAAAUUUUGCGACUUUAUCAUACCAACAUUCACGAUAAGGAUGACUACACUGCCUAUCGUUUGGAUGUUAAGAAACGCUUAAAUGCUGUCUACCAUAAGCAGUUGAGCGAUAUUAAGAAAAUGGAAAAGGCCAAGAUGGAUACGGAAUGGCUAAGAGCACGUCUUCCAAAUCUAAAACAAAGAAUUGAGCAACUCCAAGAGGAGUACGAGCAGGUGGAGAAAGACUAUAAACAAAUUAUUCAAAAGCUGCGUGAUGUUUAAUUGUCUUGGUAUUAUUACGUACGUUAUGCUAUAGUUUCUAAAAUGUAUUUGUGUUUUAUUUUCUAUUUUUAUUGUUUUCCUUAUUUUCAUAAAUUAUUUAAUAAAAAAUUAAAAUUAUCACCAUUACUUUAGGGUGAUGAGUGAGUGAGUAGGCUUUUAGCUAAACUCAAAUAAUGUCUGUAUAUCAAAAUCCAA